AUGCCGUUUUUGUUGUUGUCUGUUUUACAGUAUAAGUAGAUAGAUCAUUUGAGUUCUGACAGAAACUGUCUGAUGGGUAUUUUCCCAUUGAAUUAACUGACUUUGAACUUCAGAGCGUCUUAUUACCCUGCAUUAAGAAAUGGAAGAUGGUAAUCACAUACGUAAUAUGCAAGUCGAGGAUUCCGUUUUGUGUGGUAUUUAUCCACGCACAAUGUAAUUCAUUAUGGAGUCGAUUACCUGUAUAAUAGCCUUAAACUAUUAUUUAAUUACAGGUUGUUGUUGGGGGAGACGCCUCUGGCUUGAACCACGCGUAGUAAUGUGCGAGUGCUCAAUUUUGACUGGAAUGGCCUUUUCACUACAUGUUGUGUAAAGCACACCAGGUGAAAAGGCAGUCACGUUUUAUUAUUCAUACUCAAUGGGAGUGAGAUUGGUGUGUAUUUACCAUGUGCGUGUGGUUGCGUUUGACGGCCUCUUUAGUGCGUUUUGCAGUCUUUGUUUCGCGUCCAUUACCUGCGCUUGUCUACAAGGCUGCAACGGGGAGGCGCAUUGCUCUCCCCCUCCUCUUUUUAAAUGCUUCUCGCGCACGGAAGCUGGACCGGAGUCCGAUAGGAGUGCGGCUCGGAGAACGCGCCCCGAUUCGAGACUUGUUCCCUCCACAACGGCCUCUGGGUAGCAGGAAAGCUCGGGGGCUGGCUCGAAGGUCCUUAUCGAGCAGGCCAGCUUUGUUACUUUCUCCGGCUACAUCUUUGACCGGAAAUGGCUUUUUGUUCUUUUUAUACGCAUGGUCUUCUCGCUUUUAGUGAUACGUUGUCAUUAUACGUAAUUAUUUUAGCCAAAAAAGACGUCGUGGCUGUGAGAUUUUGUUAAAUAGUUGAAUCCAGCGUCGGUUCGGAAUGAGGUAGGAAUGCGUUUUUCCCCGAUGAUACAGAGAUAAGCAAACGGAUCAAAUCACAUGACUGCGUUAUACAUCUAUGUACAGCUUACCAGUUAUGAUCUUUAUAAAUGCACAGAGACACAUGGAGAGACUCAUCGGUAACGCACUACUGUGUGGCGUUUUGUUGAAAUGUUUGACUGUUUUUGAACGCCUAGUUUUGGCGCAACGGGUUGUUUCGCUGAUAUUUAAGGUAGCUUGGGGAGAUGCGCACAUAAGAAGAUGGGCUGAAGACAAAAACGUAAUUUUCAGAAUUACGAUUGCGGCGAAUGCUUCAAAACAACAAUAAAUCGGGUAAAGCAGUAAAAAAGAAACAGACCUUCAGCAGGGAACAGCACAUUUUACAGAGGCCAAAAGAAGGAGCAGCAUUCCAGCUGUAAAAUUCUUCUAGAUCUCCCUCGGAGGAACGUGAGGAGCACCAUCAUGAACAACUCUGUGGACAACACAGUCUCAUUUGAGGAGUACGUGCGGCAGAAGGCCCGCAGCGUGCCACAGCACCGCAUGAAGGAGUUCCUGGAAUCGCUGGCCAGCAAAGGUCCAGAGGCACUGCAGGAGUUCCAGCAGGGUGGCACCACCAUGGUGUACCAGCAGGGGGCGAACUGCGUCUACACCGACAGCACAGAAGUGGCAGGGUCCCUGUUGGAGCUGGCCUGUCCUGUGCAGGUACAGGUCCAACAGUCUCCACAGCAACAACAGCCGCAGCAGCAACAGGCGCAGCAGGUGACAUCUGCACAGCUGUCCCCACAGCUGGCUGCUGCGGUGCAUCAGGCCUCAGAGCAGCAGAUACAAGUGCAGGUGCAAAUCCAGGGCCAGCAGCAGGCGCAGGCAGUGGGACAGGUACUCCAGGUGCCCAGCCCCACCCAGCAGCAGCUGGCCGGCUCCCAGCUGCAGACGGUAGCUGCCGGCCAGCUGGUGCAACAUGGUGAGAUCACAGAGGAGCAGCUGCAGCAGCACCAGCAGAUCCAGGCCCAGUUGGUGACUGUGGCCGGCGGACAGCAGAUCCAGAUUCAGACCGUGGGGCCGCUAUCACCCCAGCAGCAGCAGGGCUCCCCGCGGGAGGGGGAGCGACGCUCUGGGGCGGGGGGCGUCCUACAGCCCGCCAAAAAGCGGAAGGUGGACAUGCCCAUCACAGUGUCUUACGCCAUCCCCGGGCAGCAGCUGGCCACCGUGCUGGCCAUCCCACAGGGCCAGGGCCAGCAGCAGAGCUACCUGUCCCUGCGGCCCGACCUGCUGACAGUGGACAGCACCCACCUGUACAGUGCCACUGGCACCAUCACCAGCCCCACAGGCGAGACCUGGACUAUCCCCGUGUACUCAGCACCGGCGCGUGCCGACCUGCAGCAGCAGAGCAUCACGCACAUCGCCAUCCCGCAGGAAGCCUAUAGCACUGUCCAUGUGGCAGGCUCCCCUGCUGACGACAAGGACAAGAUGGUGGUGGCCGGCAAGCUGGCCAUCGGCACGGCACCGGGGGGGGGCCCUGUGACCACGACGACAGCCACUGCGCAGGAGGAGGUGGUCCAGACGCUGGCCAACACUCUGUUCCCGGCACAGUUCAUGAACGGGAACAUCCACAUUCCUGUUGCCGUGCAGACGGUGGCCGGGGCCUACCCCAGCGCGACGCAGUCCGUCCACAUCUGGGACCCCCAGCAGCAGGUGGUGCAGGCCCAGGGGGCGGCGGGACAGGAGCAGCAACAACUACAGACUCAGACGGUGCAGCUGGCCGAGGUGGAGACGCAGCCACAGGCCCCCCCUACAUUGCUCCUCCCCAACUCCCUGAAGCCCGAGGAGGGCUUGGAGGUGUGGCGCCUGUGGGCACAGAGCAAGAACGCAGACCUGGAGAAGGACGGGCAGAGCCGGCUGGCUCCCAUCGGCCGGCGGCAGCCUCUGCGCUUCCAGGAGGACCUGGUCUCCUGUGCCGUGGCCGAGCUCAACAUCGGCCUGUCGCUGAUGACCCAGGAGGCCCGGGGGCUGGAGGGCGAGCCUUUCGAUCCAGAUGUGCUCUACUACAUCUUCCUCUGUAUACAGAAGUACCUGUUUGAAAAUGGCCGGGUGGACGACAUCUUCUCGGACCAGUACUACCUACGUUUUUCCCAAUGGCUGCACCGUGUUCUGGAUGGCUGGAAACCAAGUGUACAUCCACUGGGUUACAUCAUCCCGAGUCAUGUGACGGAGGAGAUGCUGUGGGAGUGUAAACAGCUGGGUGCUCACUCGCCUGCCACUCUGCUCACCACGCUCAUGUUCUUCAACACUAAGUACUUCCAGCUGAAGACGGUGGAGCAGCACAUGAAGGUGGCAUUCUCCAAAGUUCUUCGGCACACCAAGAAGAACCCAUCGAACCCCAAGGACAAAAGCACGAGCAUCCGCUACCUGAAAGGGGUAGGGCUGCAUCACGUGGGCCAGAAAGUGACAGACGACAUGUACGCCGAGCAGGCAGAGCACCCGGAGAACCCACUGCGCUGCCCCAUCAAGCUGUACGACUUCUACCUCUUCAAGUGUCCCCAGAGUGUAAAGGGCCGCAACGACACCUUUUACCUAACACCUGAACCAGUGGUGGCACCCAACAGUCCCAUAUGGUACUCUACCCAGCCAAUCACGCGGGAGCAACUGGAGCACAUGCUCACGCGCAUUCUCAUGGUGCGAGAGAUCCAGGAAGUCGUCGCCCUGACAUCAGUAAACAUUCACUAAAGCAGGAGGGUGAAGCAGCCCCAGCCAAAUCCGGGGAUGACGUGGACCGUGCGCUGCCUCUUUCGUUCUCCCUCUUGGUUAAUCACCGCCCUCGUUCCUGCUCUCCUCCUCAUCCUGCGCGUGAGACGCAGUUGGCGGCUGAGCGCCUGACCCCAGGUUCUGCAAGUCGGCUCUUCUUCCAGAGAUGCACAGUCGCCUGUGUCAUUCGUCACUUCUUCUUUUUUUUUAUAAUGUAAUUUUUUUUAUGCAUAAAAGCAUAUUUUUGAUUAUUCUCACAAAGCAGCCUUUCCUUAUCGUUGUACUUGGCACACCCGCACCUCUCAGAUGAACUGAGGUAUGUUUUCCUGAAAUGAGCCUCCCCAUGUUUGUUCUUGUGAUUUUUUUUUUUAAAUUUCUUUCGUUAUUGGGACAUGUAUCUCUGAAGCAUUACUGCCCCGGUUUUGACUCACUACAAUUGCAGCACGUGUUCCCUGGUUCUCCGUCUCUCCUCAGCUCUGGCUGUCCCCCUCCUCUUCUGCCCCCUAUUAACCAUGGCUCUCAUGACGUCUCUCUUGCUCGGAGGCCAACCUCGCCUGUGGCUCCCCCCUCGCCGCAGCCGACCCUCUCUUCCCCCCCCCAGCUCGAUGUACUCAGAAAACAGUUUGGGAGGCUCCGGUAGGCCGCCCAGCCCGGCACGGCUCCUCCCCCGUACGUUCCUGACAUGGGACGGGACCCCAGGCCUCUGUCUCCCGUCAGCUGUUAAAACGUCACCGCCAAAAAUAAAAAAACGGACAGAUCUGCCUUCCGUAAGGACUCUCCCAAGCUUAAGGGAGGCCCCACUGAAGACUCACUGGGCGCGACUCGCAGACGAACAGUAUGUGUGGAUACAGAAGCGAAACAGCAAAAGACAUUUGACCCCUUGCGUAUAUUUAAUUAUGUGGUGUGUAUGUGUUCACACACAGUCUUGCAAGGAACACGGCUCACUUGCGGAUUCAGUGUGGCAGAGACCACCAGCCUCAAACAUAUUGUAAAAUAAACACACUUGUAUUAUAUAUAAACUGACAAAACUCUGGGUUUACUCUCCUUUUUGUUUCAUUUUCCCGUCUCUAUAUUCUUCUAUGUAUCGGUAUUGUAGUUGUUUAUGGAAGAUGGCAAACUGUGUGUUUUGAAACAUGCCUUUUUUUACAGCU